CAUGGAGAGUGGAGCAGGGAAGCAUUGGACUGAGGAGGAGGUUAAAGCCUUGUUAAGCGUCUGGUCAGAAAAAAAUAUCAGAAAGCAACUGCACGGCACUCUGAGGAAUAAAGGAAUAUUUAUCUACAUUGCUAAAAGGUUGCAGGAGUUGGGAGUGUGCAGGGACUGGAAACAGUGCCGUGCAAAGUACAAAAACCUCAAGUACGAAUACAGAACCGUUAAAUAUGCCCACAACUCUGGGGAUGUCACUAAAACCAUGAAGUUUUUCCAUGAUCUGGAUGCCAUAUUGCGAUAUGAGCCUGUCACACAAUUAGCAGCAGAAGAAAACGGCAGGUGUUCUGCGACUGAGACGCAGCUGAACACAAGCCCCACAACAGACAGCACGCAAGGUGAAAUACCAGUUUCUUUAGAAGAUGAUGAGGAUGCUCCAGGAGAUCCACUACUUUUUAUAUCUCAUGCCAGACCAGUUCAACUAGGUAAUCCAGCGUCAGCAGUAGAGGCUUCCAAAGCAGCGGCUUUCAUUCCCACAGUGGCAAAUGAAGGAGGAAAACACUGGACUGUCAAUGAAGUCAGAGCUUUGAUACGCAUAUGGUCAGACAAAAAUAUCCAGCAACAACUGGAGGGGACAGUGAGAAAUAAAAGAAUAUUUGAGCAGGUUGCUGCUAGACUGCAAAAGUUUGGAAUUGACAGGGACUGGAAGCAGUGCAGGACAAAAUACAAAAAUCUGAAACAUGAAUACAAGAGUGUAAAAAGUGCCCAAGACUCAGGGAGUACAAGUAAAAGUAUGAAAUUUUUUAAUGAACUGGAUGCUAUUCUGGGGCACUGCACAAUGGAACCAACAAGUAAAUCAGAUAAUUAUGAAAGUGAGAGGCCUCCAGAAUGGACAGAAGCAAAAUCAGAAAAGGAUUCCGUAGAAAUGCCUGGAGACACAGGUGAAGAGGACUCUGUUAGUAAUACGUCAGAAGACCUACAGGUUGCAGAUACAAAGAAAGUUUCUGAUUCAGAUGAUGUUACUGUAAACACUACUCCAGAGAGUCAGGCAGCUCUGCAUAUAACCAAAGAAACAAAUAUGAGAAAAAUCCUUGAAGAUGAGGGGGACUUAGCCAACUCCACCCCAGCAGCUCUGGAAGCUACACAAAUAAAGAAGGAGACAAUUGAUAUAGAUGAUGAUUCUAUAAGCACUACCUCAGAAGACAGAUCUUGUACGCCAGUAGCAAAACAGAUGGUUGGGACAGACAAUCACAUUCCCUUGGAAGAAGCACAAAAUCACUUUAAAGUUAUUACAGUUAAUGAUACUGGAGCAGGAAAACACUGGAGUGAUAAUGAAGUUAGGGCUCUGAUAAACAUAUGGUCGGAUGAAAAGAUACAACAAAUGCUUGAAGGGGCCACAAGAAAUAAAGAAAUAUUUGAGGAAAUUGCCAGAAGAUUAAUGAAACGUGGCAUAGACAGAGACUGGAAACAAUGUCGCACAAAGUACAAGAACCUAAAAUAUGAAUACCGUGCACUGCAGAAAGAAAAUGAGCAUCUUGGAAAUCCCAGGAGAAAAAUGAGAUUUUAUGAUGAAGUUGACUGUAUCUUAAGAAGGCAGCCUCUGGGAACCUCAGGCUGGGGAUGUGAAAGCUCAAGUCUCCUAUCAGUUUCAGUGGGAGAUGCUACAGCAAACACAGGAUCUUUGAGUACCAAGAGAAAAACAUGGAAUGAUGAGGUGUCACCUGUUCCACUUAAGAAAAAUGCUUCUGAAAACACCAUACUCCACUUCCAAAAACUAUUAACAGAGAGAGUGCACACAGUAACAGAAGGCAAAAAGUUACUGUUUGAAAGGCUUUGUAAGCAGGAAGAAAUGCAAGACCUCAACAGAACACAGGUGUAUACUGAUCCAUCAGCCAUACAACAGGUGCCCGCGCCCGCUCCCGCCGCAGCCAUGGCCCCCGCAGCAUCAGACUUGAAGCUUGGCAAAAAAGUUAAUGAAGGUAAAACGAAAGAAGUGUACGAGCUGCCAGAUAUCCCGGGAUGUGUUCUCAUGCAGUCAAAAGACCAAAUAACGGCGGGAAAUGCAGCCAGGAAAGACCGAAUGGAAGGGAAGGCUGCCAUUUCCAACACAACGACGAGCUGUGUGUUUCAGCUGCUUCAGGAAGCUGGCAUCAAAACAGCUUUUGUCAGGAAACAGAGUGACACAGCGUUCAUAGCAGCUCACUGUGAAAUGAUCCCGAUUGAAUGGGUGUGCAGAAGAAUUGCUACUGGCUCCUUCCUCAAGAGAAACCCUGGUGUCAAAGAAGGAUAUAAGUUUUACCCACCAAAAAUUGAGAUGUUUUUCAAGGAUGAUGCUAAUAAUGAUCCACAGUGGUCUGAAGAGCAAAUAAUUGAAGCAAAAUUCUGUUUUGCUGGACUUACAAUAGGCCAGACUGAAGUGGACAUUAUGUCUCGUUCUACUCAAGCCAUUUUUGAGAUUCUGGAAAAAGCAUGGCAGCCCCAAAACUGCACUCUUGUAGACCUGAAGAUUGAAUUUGGUGUUAAUGUGCUGACAAAAGAAAUUGUUCUUGCUGAUGUUAUCGACAAUGAUUCAUGGAGACUGUGGCCAGCAGGAGACAGAAGCCAGCAAAAGGACAAACAGUCCUAUCGGGACCUGAAAGAAGUGACUCCUGAAGCACUGCAAAUGGUUAAGAGAAACUUUGAAUGGGUUUCAGAAAGAGUGGAGUUGCUUCUAAAAACAAAGAGCCAAGGUAGAGUUGUGGUGUUAAUGGGAUCUUCUUCUGACCUCAGUCACUGUGAAAAAAUAAAAAAGGCAUGUGCAACCUUUGGAAUUCCUUGUGAAUUAAGAGUGACUUCUGCUCACAAAGGGCCAGAUGAAACCCUGAGGAUCAAAGCAGAAUAUGAAGGAGAUGGAAUCCCAACAGUGUUUGUUGCAGUGGCUGGCAGAAGCAAUGGCUUGGGGCCAGUGAUGUCUGGUAACACUGCUUACCCAGUUGUCAACUGCCCUCCACUCUCAGCUGACUGGGGCACUCAGGAUGUGUGGUCCUCUCUCAGACUACCCAGUGGUCUUAGCUGUCCCACUACUCUGUCACCUGAAGGAGCUGCCCAGUUUGCUGCCCAGAUAUUUGGGCUAAACAACCAUUUAGUGUGGGCCAAACUGCGAUCAAACAUGUUAAACACCUGGAUCUCCCUGAAGCAGGCUGACAAAAAACUUAGAGAGUGCUCCUUGUAAGUCACUCUAACAAGUAACUGUUAUUGGUUACACAAUGAUAACGGUGUGUGCAUUUUCAUUCAUAUUAGGAUUUACCCCUGGAUGAGCUCAGAAGUCCUGCAUCAUUUCUUGCAGAAGAAAGCAUUGUUAGAGCAGAAUAGGAAGUUUGUUGUGUCGUCAUCCUUCCCUUGUGUAUUUUUUAAUAUAACAGCUAAGUAGAGAUGGGGAAGUAGAAUUUUAGGUACUCUUAGGUUCUGUUGCUCCAGAAUGGUACUGUUCUGCUUUUUAGCCUAUAAUGUUAACUACAGACUAUGUCAAGAGAAUGAUUUGGUACAAUCUUAAUAGAAUUCAACUAGUCUUCUGCUCUUCUGUAACAGUAACAUUCUUAUAUAGUGUUAAUCUAUGUCUUGAACUUUAUUAACUGGAUUGCUGACAAAGGCCAGUGUUGAUGCUGUUCUGCUUGCAAUGAUGGUAUGCUUUCUUUAGCAAUAAAAUGGCAACAUACACUGUAUUAAUAGGAAAAGAGUGUGGAAAAAUGUCUUAAGAGCCUGAAAUAAAUACAUGCCUUAUUUUAAAAAUGUAUAUACAUACAUGUAUCUUUUAAAAAAAUAUGUAUGUGUAUAUUUAGCCCAUUGAUAUCUUUUGGAAUGAUGUGAUGGAGUUGACACCAAUUUGCUUGUUCAUAACAAGCCAUAAAUACAAAUGGCUUGAGUGACCUGUAACUUGGCUUGUUGCCUGUUUGCUCUAACUCUUGCCUAGUGCAGGCUUUGUCCUUUUAAAGACUAGGCGGAUGUACUUUCAGUAGUUCUGUAGGGGCUGUGAUGAUGUUGGACUGUCUUCAUACACUUCAAUAACUAUAGCUAUUCUGUGUCUAUAUUUCCUCACUCUGUUUCCGUGGAAAUUUUACUGAACAGGGGAACAAAUACUAAAGCAACAAACUUCUGGGGGGGAAUCUAAGCAUGACUUUCUUGUCUUUGCACACACCAGUCUUCUGAGUAGGUAAGAUUCUAACAAAUAUGCAAUUACUCAAAGUAUGUAACACCUAUGCUUUUACAAUUCUAAAUAAACUAUUGAAUGCAAA